AUGUCUUCUGCUCAGGCAAAGAGCGAGCCAAUUGCCAUCAUCGGCUCCGGCUGCCGAUUCCCAGGCAGCGCAUCCUCACCAUCAAAGCUCUGGGAUCUCUUGUCGAAGCCUCGGGACGUCCUGUCUGAGAUUCCUCGCUCGCGGUUUGAUCCCCACGGCUUCUACAAUCCCGUCGGUGACACCAGCGGUCACAGCAACGUCCUGCACUCGUACGUGCUCGAUGAGGACGUCCGCGCGUGGGAUGCCGACUUCUUCAACAUCUCGGCCAAUGAGGCCGCGGCAAUCGACCCCCAGCAGAGGCUGCUGAUGGAGACCGUCUACGAGGCUCUCGAAGCCGCCGGACAGAGGAUCGGUGACCUCAGGGGCAGCGACACCGCUGUCUACGUCGGGUUGAUGGGAGAGGAAUACAGCAGCAUCCAAGGGAGAGAGCUGGACAUGAUGCCGACUUAUCACGCGACCGGAACAGCCCGUUCUAUCGUGUCGAACCGUAUCUCCUAUUUCUUCGACUGGCACGGACCGAGUAUGACGAUUGACACGGCGUGCUCGUCGUCUCUCGUCGCCGUUCACCAAUGCGUACAACAGCUCCGCGCUGGUCAUUCGCGGAUGGCUGUCGCUGCGGGAACAAACCUCCUCCUCGGCCCUGAGCCCUACAUCUCAGAGAGCACCUUCCACAUGCUCUCGCCCCGUGGCCGCUCCCACAUGUGGGACGCUGAGGCCGACGGAUACGGGCGUGGGGACGGCGUCGCCGCCGUGGUCCUGAAGAAGCUCAGCGAUGCUAUUGCGGAUGGCGAUCCGAUCGAGUGCAUAAUCCGUGAGACGGGCGUCAACCAAGACGGCCGUACAGGCGGCAUCACGGUUCCCAGCCCGGAUGCGCAAGUGGCGCUGAUCGAAGACACAUACCGUCGCGCCGGCCUGGACUUGAGCUCGCCUUCUGACAGGCCGCAGUACUUCGAGGCGCACGGCACCGGAACGGCCACGGGAGAUCCUCUCGAGGCCGAGGCAAUCCACCGGGCCAUCGGCAGCCGUCUCGGACCCGGGGAGAAGUUGUACGUCGGGUCGGUCAAGACGAUCAUCGGCCAUACUGAAGGCACCGCGGGCAUCGCGGGCCUGAUGAAGGCCUCUUUAGCGUUGCAGAACCGUCUUAUUCCUCCCAACCUGCUGUUCAAGACGCUUAACCCCCGCAUCGAACCGUUUUACAAGGGCCUCGAGGUACCCGUCAAAGCGCGCGAGUGGCCAGAGGGAGCGCCUAAGCGCGCGAGUGUCAACAGCUUCGGCUUCGGCGGUACGAACGCUCACGCCAUCCUUGAGAGGUACGAGCCCCCGACGGCUCUACCACGUGCCGAGAUGGGCAUCGUUGCUCGCGUGUGGACCUUCACCUUCUCGGCAGCAAGCAAGGCCUCGCUGAGCCAGGCGCUGAGGAAUACCGCCGACUUCCUCGGGCAGUCACCCAACAUCAGCGCCCGUGACCUGGCCUACACCCUCAACUCCCGUCGCUCCACGUUCCCGUACCGGGUGGCCUAUGUGGCUAGGGACGUAGAGGGUCUCAGAAAGCGCGUGCUUGACUCGGUUGGGUCGCCCGAGUGGGAGACCCAGGCAGUCGUCCGCCCGCCGAACCGGCCCAUGAAGAUCCUGGGCAUCUUCACGGGCCAGGGAGCGCAGUGGCCGGGUAUGGGCAAGCAGCUUCUCGAGGCCUCUCCGUUCGCCCAGGCCCGCAUUCAGGAGCUUGAGCUGGCUCUCGCGACGCUCCCGGCGGCCGACCGGCCCUCGUGGUCACUGAGGGAAGAGCUCGUGGCGGAGGGCUCCAAGUCCAAACUGCACCUGGCAGAGUACGCCCAGCCGUUGUGCACGGCACUGCAAAUCCUGCUCGUGGACCUUCUGACCGCCGCCAAUGUCAAGUUCUCGGCGGUUGUGGGCCACAGCUCCGGAGAGAUCGGCGCGGCGUACGCAGCCGGGGUGCUCUCGGCCCGCGAUGCCAUUGUGACCGCGUACUACCGCGGCGUUCACACGAAACUCGCCGGCGGUCCGGACGGGCAGCGUGGUGCCAUGCUGGCUGUGGGAACCAGUCCCGAGGAUGCCGAGGACUUUGUCUCGUUGCCGCGGUUCGAAGGACGCAUCGGCAUUGCGGCAUGCAACUCGCCAACCAGCGUCACUCUCUCGGGCGACGCUGAUGCGAUCGAGGAGGCCAAGGAGGUAUUUGAGGAUGAGAGUAAAUUCGCUCGCGCCCUCCGGGUCGACAAGGCAUAUCACUCCCACCACAUGCGGCCUUGCAGCGACCCCUAUGUUGCGUCUCUUCGGAAAGCGGGAGUCACGGCCAACAAACCUAGGGAUGGCUGCAAGUGGUACUCGUCGGUGCACGACGGCGCCGUCCUCACCGGUCACGCGAAUGAAGAACUCGACAGUGUGUACUGGGCACGCAACAUGGCUCAGACGGUGCUCUUCUCCACCGCCGUGGAGAGCGCCUGUGCUGAGGAACAGUACACCAUCGCCAUCGAGGUUGGCCCGCACGGCACCCUGAAGGGGCCGGCGUUGGACACGAUGAAGGCCGUUACCAAGUCAGUCCCGGCUUAUAUCAGCUGCCUGUCAAGAAACAGCGACAGCAGUGAAGCCUUCGCCAACGCGAUCGGCCAGAUCUGGGCCAACGCGGCUGACGGCGCGUUGGACCUGGACAAGUACCACAUCACCGCUCACGGGCUGUCGGGUGCCAGACCGUCGAUUAUCAAGGAUCUCCCUACCUACCCCUGGGACAACAAGCGGGUAUUCUGGAACGAGUCUCGCCGGUCACGAGCCCUUCGUCUGCGAACCGAGCCUGGCCAUCCGCUGCUUGGAAUACUCAGCCCGGAUUCGAACGAUACGGAUCUGAGCUGGCAUACCGUGCUCCGACUUUCCAAUCUGCCCUGGAUCAGCGGCCAUCAGCUGCAGGGGCAAACCGUCUUCCCUGCCGCCGGCUACGUGGCGCUGGCAGCAGAGGCGGCCAAGCAGCUCGCGAAGGCAGCAGCCGCAGGGCCACUUGCCAAGAUCGAGUUGAAGGACCUUGACAUCGGCAAGGCGAUCGCGUUCGAGAGCGACAAGGCUGGUAUUGAGCUGGUCUUCUCAUUGCACAUCGACAAGGCCACAGAGAUCGACGGCCACCGCGUGUUCGAGACAAGCUUCUUCGCGCGUUCUGUGACGGCCACAGCCGAGUCGACCGAUGCCGCUCUGAACGCGUCAGGCCGGAUGCAAGUUACAGUUGCCGGUGAUGGUGCCGCUGAGCCUCUGGAGUCACUACCGGCCCAGGAGGCGGGCCCCGCAGCCAUGACCGAGGUCGACGACUCGCUGUUCUACUCAGAACUCAAGCAGCUGGGAUACGGGUACUCGGGCGCUUUCCGAGCUCUGCACUCGAUGACGCGAAAGUCCGAUUUCGGUCGUGGGCGCAUCUCGAAGGUGGACGCCGCUAGCAUGCAUCCAUCUGAGAAGGACCUGCUAGUUCACCCCGGAUACCUUGACGCGGCUUUUCAGGCAAUGUUCCUGGCGUAUUCGUACCCGGGCGAUGGCCGCAUCUGGUCACUUCACGUGCCCGUGUCGAUCAAGAGCAUCCGAAUCGACGCUGCCCGGUGCCGUGCCAACUCUGACGAUUACCUCAGCUUUGAUGCGGCCAUCAACGCGGCCGAGAGCCUUAGCGGCAAGAUCGAUCUCUCCGGCGACGUGGACAUAUUCUCUGGUGAUGGCCGCACAGGCUUGAUCCAGGUGGAAAACAUCCGUCUCAUUCCCUUUGCCCCUGCCACCGAGUCCCAGGAUACGCAGAUGUUCUAUGUCAACACUUGGAACACUGCUUCUCCCGAUGGCGCGAUCGCCGCUGGCGACAACAGAGCCAGCCAGGAGGAUAACGAACUCGGCUGGUUGCUGGAGCGGGUGGCCCACUUUUACCUCCGCAACCUCGCCGAGAGCAUCCGGCCAGACGAGGAGGCAGGGGCUCGAUGGCACCAUAAGAAACUGCUCGAGUUCGCGCGGCAAUCGGUCGCACUUGCGCGCGGCGGUAGGCAGCGCUUCUUCAAGAAAGAAUGGCUCCGUGACACGGCUGAGACUCUGGAACCGCUGAUGGAUGCGUUCGGCGACCGAGUCGACGUGCAGCUCCUGCGGAAUGUGGGCGAGCACUUGGCGGAUGCUGUACGAGGCCAGGGCGACAUCCUAACACACAUGACCAAGGAUGGCCUGCUGGACCGCUGGUACGAGGAGUCGCUUGGGCUAGGCGAGUACACCGGCUUCUUGGCAGAAGUAGUCGGCCAGAUAACGCACGUCAACCCUCAUGUGCGUAUCCUCGAAGUGGGUGGUCGGUCUGGGAACGCGACCAAGAAGAUCCUGAAGAGGGCGUCGCACGCAUUCAGCCAUUACACGUUCACGGACGUCUCGCCAGAUGCUGUUGAGGCGGCCAAGAGUCUCUUCCCGGAUUACCAAGGGCGCAUGUCUUUCCAAGUUCUCGAGCUUGGCGCGGAUCUCGCGGAGCAGGGCUUCCAAGCACACUCGUACGACCUGGUUAUUGGUGUGUUAGCGCUACACACCUGGCCCCAAGACCCCGAGGCCUACCUGAGCAACCUACACCAGUUGCUGAAGCCCGGUGGGUAUCUGGCACUUCUCGAAGCCACUUCGGGCGCGACUGUUCGCCUGCCCGCCAUGAUGGGUGGUUUGGAAGGCUGGUGGCCAGCCAAGAACCGUGGACGGGGCUCGACAAAGCGUUUGUCCGCCGCCGAAUGGCACGCCGCUCUGGUCCAGGCUGGGUUCAGCGGCAUCGAGACUAGCACGCCAGAGCUGGAUGUCCUGCCCCGUCCAUACAGCGUCUUGGUGUCGCGGGCGACGAACGAGCACAUCGAUCUCCUUCUCGAGCCGAGCUCCAAGAACGAUGCCUCCGCCUUGUCGCACAUCGACGAGCUAGUCAUUGUCUCCGGCCGGUCGCUCGUCUCGGUCCGGCUUGCCGAGAAGAUGAGGCGCCUCCUCGAGCUGCACUCGGAGCGCAUCACCGUGGUGCCCGCGGCGCAAGACCUGGCGAGUCUGGACUUGUCCGCUCGUCCAACCGUCCUGUAUCUCGCAGAUCUUGACGAACCCGUGUUCACGAGAUACACUCCCGAAGCGCACGACGGAUUGAAGAAGCUCUGGACCACUGCUCAAACGGUGCUUUGGGCAACGCGCGGCGCGCGGCGCGAUAACCCGCACGCCAUCAUGUCGCUGGGUCUCGGUCGUGCAAUGAUGGUCGAGCAGGCCCAUGCCAAAAUCAAUGUGCAGUUUAUCGACUUCGCUGUCGACGCGCGGCUCGAUGCCCACAUGUUGGUUGACGAAUUGCUCCGGUUGCAGAUUCUGGGGCGGUUGGCCCGCGAGAGUGCCGACUUUGUUUGGGUGAAAGAACCGGAAUUCGAGGUCGAUGCAGAGGGCCGCAAGUGGGUGCCUAGAAUCGUACCCCACCAGGCCACUAACGACCGCUACAACUCGUCUCGUCGCCAGAUCGUCGCCGAAGCAGACCCUGCCAAGGAGGUUGUCGAAGUGGUCGAAUCCCAUGAUGAUAAUAACGGCAGCCAGAAUCGCGCUCUCAUCCGCGUUCUCGCACCCGAGGCUCGCCGCACCGAUGGGGAGGAAGUCACGCGAGUGCGCGUUCUGUAUUCGGCCACAGUCCCGCUGAGGCCGUCAUCAUCGCAGGCUCUGUAUCCCUUCAUCGGUCUCGAUACUGCCACCGAUGCGCCCGUGGUUGCGCUAGCCAAGAGCAUCGCCUCCAUCGUCGAAGUCCCGGCUUCGUCCGUGGUCCCGUACAACUAUCCCUUGGAUGAGGCUCCCUCCCGUCUGCGGGCCAUCACCUCCCAUCUCCUCGCAUCACUGAUCUGCAGCGAGGCCGCCACCGUGGACGGAACUACCCUCCUUGUCGAUCCCGACGAUGACCUGGCCGAGUCCGUGGCCAAGUUGGCCGGAGAGAAGAGGCUUAGCGUUACCUCGGUGACGACAAGCCCGGCAAGCAAGCGCGCCUAUCCGGGCGUCUCCGUCAGCGCUCAUGCCAGCAGCCGCACAAUCCGUCGUGCCUUGCCACCGCGCAUCGCCUCCGUCAUCGACUUCACCAAGCCAUCCUCUUGGCGCGGCAACUUUGUGGCCCAAAUCAAAGCCCUCUUACCCGAUGCUGCGAGGUUUGAGAAGGCCAGUUCCUUCCAAGCUCGCAACUUCAGCACCACUGCCCUCGCUGCGCUCUGCCAGGAAGCAGUGCACUUGGCACCGACAAACCUCUCCAAGAGCGGCGCGGUGUCUGCCGAUGCAUACGUCGCCGAUCCUCAGUCAAGCGCCGCUUCCGUGAUCGACUGGACGGCCAGCAGCUCGGUCUCGGUCUCGGUGAAGCCAUCAGACGCCCUUCCAAUCUUCAGGGGAGACCGUACUUAUGUCUUGUUCGGCCUCGCUGGAGCCGGUGGCCUCGGACUGCCGUUGGCCGAGUACAUGGUCAGCCUCGGCGCCCGAUACAUCGUCCUCACCAGCCGGAGACCUAGUGUCGACCCGCAUCUGAUCGCCGAAUACGCAGCUAAGGGUGUCCAGAUCAAGGCCGUUAAAAACGACAUUACCGAUGAGAACGAUGUCCGGAGCCUUAUCGCAGACCUGCGGUCUUCUUGGCCGCCAAUCGCCGGUGUGGCAAACGGCGCCAACGUUCUGAACGACAUGUCUUUCGAAGACAUGACUUUCGAUGACAUGAACAAGGUGCUGAGACCCAAGGUCGAAGGCACACGCAUCCUUGACCAGAUCUUCUACGAUGACCCGCUCGACUUUUUCAUCGGCUUCUCGUCCAUCUCCAUCGUCCUGGGGCGGGCCGGCCAGAGCAAUUACGACACGGCCAACAUCUACAUGCUCGGCUUGGCAUCGCAGCGCCGCGCUCGUGGUCUCAAUGCAAGUGUCAUCGACAUCGGCCCUAUUGCAGGUGUCGGACUUAUGGCUCGCGAUGUCUCCGAGAACGUCAUGAACCUCCUGGUCAGCCACGGAUACCGCAAGAUGUCCGGGAGAGACUUCCUAGCAACAUUCACCAACGGCAUUUUGAUGGGCCGGGUCGAUUCUCGAGAGCCCGAGGAGCUCAUCACGGGCCUGACCGUGCACCCCAAGAAGGGCAAAUUCCAACCCACCUGGGUCGACAACGCCAGAUUCUCGCACCUGCUACUCAACACUGACGGAGCCUCGGGCGCCUCCUCGGAAGGCUCAGCUCAAGUGGAGUCGCUGGAGGACCUCCUGAAGAGAGCAAGAUCGCCGGGCGACGUCGGCAGGGUUCUUCGAGUUGCCGUUUUGAACAAGCUUCAGAACAUCUUGAGUCUCAGCGACGAACUUGUCAACAACCCCGACGCCCUCCUCCAGCAGGGCACGAGCGCCCUCGGCCUCGACUCCCUUCUUGCGGUUGAGCUGCGCACGUGGAUGCGUAGUGAACUUGGAGUCGACAUUCCAGUCCUGAAGAUUCUCUCCGACACACCCGUCCAGGGGCUCGUUGACUAUGCUGUCGAAAACCUUCCUGCCGAAUACGUGCCUAACCUGGACCCGAACGGCAAGGACGCCAUCACGGAAGAGAGCCUUACGGCACCAAAGGCAAAGGAGGAGCAUCCCAAGCCUGUCGCCGCUUCAGUUCCCCCUGCCGCGCCGCCGGUGGCCACCACCACCAAGCCGAAUGGCAGUCCCACCCUUCCUUCCGUGCCGUCUAGCGCAAGUGAAACCGAGGCACCGACGCCGACUGGGUCGUCAUCACCUGCCUCUUCUGUUGCAGACCCAACCGAGAGUACUAGUCUGGUUGCGCCGCCCUCUUCGCAACCAGUCUCACUGUCGCCAUCACUGACAAUCUCCCAGAGCCCCGCCAUUGAGAAGGUGCUGCCGAUGUCCUUUGGUCAAUCUCGGUUCUGGGUCAUGACGCAAAUUGUCCAGGACCCAACCGCGUUCAAUAUCUCUUGCGAUGUCGAGAUCCAGUCGGAAAUCGACGUACGGGCCCUGAGCCGCGCAGUGGAGAUGGUUGGAGCCCGCCACGAGGCGCUGAGGACGUGCUUUUUCCACGAAGACGAUCAGCCGAUGCAAGCCAUUUUGAAGGAAAGCCCCUUGCGUUUGGAGACCGUGAGUGCUUCCGUCUCCGACAUCGAUCGGCUCUUCCAGGAGGUGCACAAUACCGUCUAUGACCUGAGCAAGGGCGAGACCAUGAGGGCCAUGUUGGUCUCGACUUCGCGAACACACCAUCAUUUGCUCGUCGGAUACCACCACAUCAACAUGGACUCGUCGAGUUUUGUCGUCUUUGUCGCGGACAUGAUCAAGAUCUACGCGGGCCAAAAACUCUCGCCUCCGCGGAUGCAGUACUCGGACUUUUCCAAGUAUCAAGUUGAACAACUCAGCAAGGGCAAUUGGGAUUCUCUGAUCGCCUACUGGUCGAACGAGUUUGCGAGACUUCCAGAUCCGCUCCCCAUUCUCAACGUGUCUCCGAAUACCUCUCGGCCGCGCCCUAACCUGACAACGUACGAAAACCGGAGUAUUGAGACGAGAGUGUCGGCCUCGGUUGCCCGUCAAGUCAAGUCGGCCUGCCGCAAGCUCAAGGUCACGCCUUUCCACAUCUACACGACGAUUCUGCAAAUCACCCUGGCUCGUCUGGCUGCCACCGAUGACAUUUGCAUCGGUAUCGCCGACGCGAACCGCGCUGAUGUCGGCGCGACAGACAGCAUUGGAAACUUCCUCAACCUGAUUCCCCUGAGGUUGCCAACUGAUCUCAACCUGCCAUUCUCCUCGUUGGUCAAGGCGACCAAGAACAAGGUCCUGCAUGGCUUGGCCAACUCGGCGGUGCCCUUCGAUGUCAUCAUGGAGAAGGUCGGGGUGCAACGAAGUUCGACCCACAGCCCCCUCUUCCAGGCCUUCAUCGACUAUCGCUAUGUCACGGAGAAGCUGCCGUUCGGAAAAGGUCAUCUGGAAGGCAAGCGAUACAUCGUCAGCAAGACGCCGUACGAUGUCAUGAUUGAGAUGAUUGAUACCCCCACCGGAGAAGCCUCGUUGAAGCUACUCACCCAGGAGGCCCUCUACACACCGGAGGAGUCGCAGACCAUCAUGGGAUGUUACACGACUCUCUUGGAUGCAUUCACUAAGGACACCGAACUGGCUGCAGGGCAGCCUCAGAUGUUCGACGCCGGCGAAGUGAACAGGGCUUUGCAACUUGGCAAGGGCGAAUUUCUUGACCUUCAGCACCCGACCAUCUUGACCGAGGUAGACGAGACUGCAGCGCAGCAGCCCGGUGCGGUUGCUCUACGAGAUAGCCAAGGAAACUCGCUUUCUUGGUCUGACCUCAAGUUGAGAUCCGUUGCCAUCGGCCAAAGCCUAGUAAACCUAGGACUACCCGCUCGUUCCAGGAUUGGAGUGUUCCAAGAGCCUGACGUUGACUGGGUCUGCUCCAUGCUCGGUGUCUGGCGGGCGGAGAAAACAUACGUCCCCCUGGAAACCACCCAGGGUGUGCGCCGUCUUGCCGACGUCGCAAAAGAGGCAAAGCUGGCUGCUGUCCUGGUCCAUGACCCCACCGUGCCGCUCGUUUCGCAGUUGGCUCUCGACGACACAGUCAAGGUGAUCAACGUGUCCACGCUGCCGUUCAACCGCCUCGCCGCAACCUCUUUCGUUUCGAACCACAAGCCAAGUGAUGAAGCUAUGAUCAUCUACACCAGUGGGUCGACUGGUGUUCCCAAGGGUAUUUCGAUUGCCCAUCGCGUUGUGGUGAACGCGGCUCGCAGUUUCCUCCAUCGUUGGCCCAUGUCGCCACAGACGGUUCUUCAACAGACUCCUCUCAGCUUCGAUGUCUCUUGGUGGGGUGCCAUUAUCGCCCUUGCCACCAAGGGUACAGUGGUCGUUGCUGGGCCAGAAGCUCGCAGGGAUCCACGGGCGUUGACCGACCUGAUCGUCUCGAAGAAGGUCACUUUUACAUUCGCAGUCCCGAGCGAGUCCGUUGCUUGGCUCCAGGGCGGUGACCUGGCUGCGCUGCGGUCGUCUGCGUGGACAUGGCAUUGCUCUGGGGGCGAGCCGUACAGUCAGAACCUCAUCAACCAUCUCAGGCUUCUGGACAAGCCUGACUUGCGCGCCAUCAACAUCUACGGCCCAACUGAAACCAUGAUACCCAACGCCUACGAGGUCUUGUAUCGCAGCUUUUCUGCUAGCGACAUGCCCGUUCCUAUCGGUCGGGUCAUGCCCAACUACACCGCCCGGGUUGUUGACGCACAAGGCCAUCCGGUUCCUGCCGGUAUCCCUGGCCAGCUGCUCUUUGCCGGAGCUGGAAUUGCCGAUGGCUAUGUUGGUAACCCUGAGCUGACUGCCGAGAGAUUCCCCGAGGACGAUCUCGCCCCGGCAGAAUUUGUGAAGCAAGGCUGGAAGCUGGUCCAUCACAGCGGCGACAGCGGCUACCUUCGUGAAUCUGACGGCCAGUUCAUCCUCCAGGCGCGGAUCAAUGGCGACACCCAGGUCAAGCUUCGUGGUCUGCGCAUCGACAUGCUGGACAUUGAGGCACAGCUCCUGUCGACAGCCAAGGGGCUCGUCAGCGACGCGGUCGUUCACGUGCGCAAGCCGGAGCCGAAUAACUCGAGCGCUGACUUCCUGGCGGCGCACGUUGUUCUGAGCGAGGAAGGACGGGCGCGCUACGCCACUCCCGCCGAGCAAGAGACCUUCCUUGACAAGGUAGUUGCGGAGCUUCGCGUACCGGACUACAUGCGGCCGGCUGUGAUUGUGGCCGUUACUUCCCUGCCGCUCACCCACCAUGGCAAGGUUGACAGGAAGGCGGUAGCUAAAUUGCCGCUAACCAGGGCGCUCGGGAAAGCGACAGAAACACCGGUUGGGGCGGCGGCCGCCGUCGACCUCGGCGGCAACGAGAACCUGAACAAGAUGAAAGACCUAUGGCUCAAUGUCCUGGGGGAGUCGGUACACGCACACACCCUCGGCCCGAACUCUGACUUCUUCCUCGUCGGUGGUAACUCUCUGCUGCUGAUCCGUGUGCAAGGCGACCUCAGAAAGCAGUACGGCCUGGAUGUGCCCCUUACUCAGCUUUUCCAGCGCAACACGCUGGCGCAGAUGGCUUCGCUGCUGGACGGAAAGGACCGCAACAACGCGUCGGCAACUUCUGGCAUCGACUGGCCCCGUGAGAUCAAGCUACAGCCUGCAUUGUCCCACCUGCGCGCUCCCGCGUCGCCGAUGCCCAAGAGCGGCCUCGUCAUCGCUCUGACCGGUGCUUCCGGGUUCCUCGGACUUGAACUUGUUCGGCAGCUCGUGCGGCUGCCGGAGGUCAAGACGGUCCAUGCGCUGGCGGUUCGUAGUCAGAGCAAGCUGGCCCAAGUUUCGUCCCCGAAGCUGGUCAUUCACCCUGGCGACCUGUCAAAGCCUCAACUGGGCCUGACCGACACCGCCGCGACCGAGGUCUUCAAAACAUCGCACGCCGUCAUCCACAACGGCGCCGACGUGUCCUUCCUCAAGGCCUACGGCAGCGUCCGCCGCACCAACCUCGAGUCGACCAAGGACAUUGUCAAGCUCGCGCUCCAGCACGGCAACGUCCGCCACCUGCACUACAUCUCGACCGCCGGCAUCGCCACGAUGCUCGGCCACGACCUCUACGAGGAGUCUCUCGGCGCCUUCCCGCCCACCAGCUCCCCGGAGGGCUACGUGCUCUCCAAGUGGGCCAGCGAGCUGUACCUGGAGCGCGCCAGCGCCGUGACGGGGCUCCCCGUCACCAUCCACCGGCCCACGGCCAUCGUCGGGGAGAACGCGCCGCACCUGGACGUCAUGUCCAACAUCCUGCACUACUCGCGCCAGAUGGCCACCGUCCCGUCCAUGUCGGCGCUCGAGGGCACCUUCCAGUUCGUCCCCGUCGAGGACGUCGCG